AUGUCUCAAGUUGAUACUUCGCCUGUCCAUAGUGCUGUCCCUCUACCUCCUAUUCAACCUCCGGAUCCUACUUUCCCUUCAAAACUUAUGCUUGAGCUUCGUGGCACUCGCUUUGAAAUCGAUCGUGAACUGUUAAUGAGUUUGCCGGAAAGCAUCCUUAUUGUUAUGUUUCCAAACGGUCUUAUAUUAGACGACCAAAUCAUUUUUGUGGACUUCGAUCCCCUUUGCUUGGAAUAUAUCCUGAAUUUUUAUAAGACCGCUCAAGAUGCUUUUUAUUCCAACCAAGAAAGUUCUUCCGCUUUUCCUCAUAUUCCUACUCCAAAUCCUCUUUUAAAUAAACAAGCUAUUAUUGUUUUGAGGGAAGAGUUGGACUAUUUUACUAUACCUCCAAAAUCUAAAAAAAAGGUCCUUUCGUCUUCCUCUUCGCCCUUGGAAACUGAUAAGGAUGCUGUUGAAAUGUCUACUGUUGAACCUGCAAUUAAUAUAUAUGAAUUGAAAACUGAAUGUGGAACUUAUCUUCUUCAUCAAAGAAAGAUAUUUACCGCUUUACAACGUAAUGUUAAUAAAGAAAAUAACGUAGCUGAACAACAUUUGAUAGAUAUGUUAUGUGUUUCCGGUUUUUCAAGAGAUGAUGAAUGGGGUUAUCGUAAUAUUGAGCCUCAUAAAACAAGUAUUGUAAGCAUCGCUCUUGUAAUACUAAAGACAACUGGUCAAAAUCAAAUGGCUACUGCUCAAAAAUUGUUGUUAUUUUGGAGGAAACCCGCGAGAAAAUGUUGGUGGGAUGGCUUAGAAGUUACGGUCGGUGAAGAUAAAGCCAUACCGGUUCGACUGUGGUGCAGACGCACAUGGACUUUGGA